UGCAUAGGGGAAACUGAGGUACCCACAUAGUAUUCAGAGGAAACAUUAAGAACAGUCCCACUUCGUCACACCCUCCCCCAUCUGUGGCCUCUGACCACACCGUGUGGGGUAUUGCCAGGGCUCAGCUGUGUGUGUGGGUCUCUGUUCCCACACCUUCCCCGGGAGCUGGCCACGCCAGCUGGGACGAGGCAGGCGUGACCCUAGUGACUCGGGACUGGCGUGCCUGGCAUAGGCUGUGCGAGAGCUUUGCACGGGGCCGGGUGUGCGUGCGAGGAAAAGGGACCGGCCCUGCGAGAUGUGGUUAGCAGCAGCCACCAGCCGGCCUGUCGGUGAGGCCGGAGAUGUGGGGCUGGCAGGGCCCCGGAGCGCACGGGGCGCGUGGGAGGUGGCGCUUUCCUGUUUGCCAGCGAGGGGGGAAGCGAAAGCUGCGAUUGCUGCUGUCUGUGCUCCCGCAGCGCCAUGGCCGGGCCCGGCAGCUUCCCGCUCGUCGCCCUGCUCCUCGGCCAGUGCCUGGACACCGGGACCAGCAAGGCAGGGCUGAAGCUCUGGGCCGAGGACCCCAUGGCCCUGGGGUCCCCCCUGCAGCUUCACUGUGCCUUCCCGGGCCGGGAGCACAUUAACCUGGUGAGCUGGUGGCACUGGGGCCAGAACUGGAGCCGUGAGGACCUGGCUGUGAUACACCCCAAGCACGGGGCCUACGUGCUCCCCGCUGUCCGGAGCCUCUUGUGGGUCACCAAUGUGUCCGACGACGGGCAGGUGGGACUCACGGUGCCCAGCCUGGAUCUACAGCACAACGACACCCGCUACUGCUGCAAGUUCUCCACCUUCCCCUCGGGCGUGUCGGAGCAGUGCCUGCAGGUCCUGCUCCCCGAGCCCGGUGCGUGGGGCAGCCGGCGGGGGUGGACAAGGAGGCGCAGGAAGCUGAAGGUCUCUCAUCCCCACCCCAACCUGCCCAGCUCUCAGGAGACCCCCAUAACUCUGUGGGUGCAGCAGGGGCUGCCGGGCCGGCGCAACUCUUUCUCCGCCCCCUACGUGCUCAUCAACUUGGACUAUUUCACCCCUCAGCCCAGCGCCAUGGCCCACGGGGGCCCCCUGCCCCCCCCGGUGCCACCCCGGCCAGGCCGGGACAGAGGGCAGGGCCCGGGGCAGAGCAGGGCCUUGUGCUGGGAGCAGGGGCGUGAGGAGCAGUGCCCAGGCCGCCGGCACAGGACCUGACACUGGCUUCCUUCCCCUCGGGACUCAGCGCCCCGCAAAGCUUGAGGGAUCCGUCCCCUCCUCUGCAAAGACAGGACGCUGUCCACCCCUCGUGCCAUGCGCGGGACCCCACGGCUGGAGCUGCCCGCCCCAGAGCCGUUGUGACAGGAUGGGAAUUCUCUGGAACAUUUUCUAUGAAGACUGUGCGUGCCUCAGUUUCCCCCUCUACGCAGCAUGGUGGGAAAAGGCGGUUCGCUCUCGGGACGGGCACGAUGCAGGGGGGACCAGCGCCGGGCUGUCCUGGGUCUCUGCAGACAAUGGCAAAGCCAGUCACCGGGACAUUUGGUACCGAGCGACCAUGAACAGCCCCCACCCGCAGGCAGCCGGCCGUGUGGGUCCAGCCGGAGAGCCAAGAACCGAGCCCGGCCAGGCUCCAGGUGACCCGGAGGGACCGGGCUCAACCUGUCUGUUCUCCACAAAUAAACCACGCGGGGGGAAAACCGGUCUCAGAGAGGCCCCCCCGCCCCCAUUCCUCUAA